AUGAAUAGCACACAGCUCAGGCGCUCACAGUUUCGUCGUGUGGCUGUUCGGCCCUCGAUACACACUGUAGCUCCCACACCACGACGGUUCUCAGCGGCUUGUCAACGACGACAGAACGCGAAUUCUACAAAUACAAAAACGGAUGAAGAUGGAGAGUCUGAUAAGAUACAGGAAGAGGAGGAGAAGGGAGCCAUGGCUCGCCGUCUCUCACAGAUGACCGAGGAUGCGAUGCUGGAAGGUGGACGGUCGGCGCAACGCAACAUGGAGGCCGCAGGAUUCUCUGAAGACCUGAAGAAACAACUCGAGGAGCGAGUCAAAGCAGCUGCAUUCAAAAGCGAAUAUGCUGUUGAGCACUCGAUCCUUGACAUGCCGGCUAGCGCAGGCCAAGGAACACGCGAGACAGCCGCAGCUCCCGCAUGGACAGGAACAGAGACCCUAGCCGACUCGGCACUACGCAUGCUGGACGACGCCAGCAAACCAAUUCGCACCCCAUACAAGAUCCCGCAACCCGUGAACCUCAAACCCGCCCCGAAACCCAUCCGCACCCCAGGCCAGCGCCUCGCCACAGCAAAAGAGCUGACAUCAAAAUACACAUUAACGCAAGCCCCUGGCUUUUCCGAAGAAGAGCGUGAGACAAUGCGCCGCGAAAUGAGCGAGAAAUUAUCCCCAGGAGCGCAGUCAAUGCCGAUAUCUAUACAUGGCCUUUCAUCGCUCGCAAACGAAAGAAUCGAAGACGCCAUUGCCCGCGGCCAGUUCCGACAGAUCAAGCGCGGGAAGGGCAUUAAUACGGAAACGGAUCAUAAUGCCAAUAGCGCGUAUAUUGAUACGACGGAGUACUUUAUGAACAAGAUUAUUCAGAAGCAGGAAAUUGUGCCGCCGUGGAUUGAGAAGCAGCAGGAACUUGUUUCGGAGAUUAGCCGGUUCAGGCAGAGGAUACGAGUGGAGUGGAGGAGGCAUGCGGCGAUGUUGAUCGCUAGCCGGGGUGGAUCUCUAGAUGAGCAGAUGAGGAGGGCGAGGGGACAUGCUGCGGCUGAGGUGAGGUUGGUUGAGAAAAGGAAGGUGGAGGCCGCAUUCGAGAAGAGUGAGGAGCAGGUCAGUGAGAUUAAUACCGAUGGCCGGAUUGUCGCCCACGUGGAGACAUCGGAAGCUGUCGAGUCUGAUGGAGAGACAAAUGCUCCUGGAGAUAUUCCACAUCUCCCUCCCCUGCGAGACGAAGCCUAUAUUGGGAUUGAACGCUCGUACCAUGAGCUGGCCGUGAAGCAUAUAAAUAAGAUUGCCCGGUCUUACAACCUCCAAGCACCCCGCUCAGCCCAAAAACCAUACCUCAAUUUGGAUCGCGAGUUGAACAACUGUUUUGCCGAGGUUGCGCCACAGUUGGCUGAAGAGAUCCGCCGUCGGGCGACUGAGCGAGCGCGGCCUUCUGCACGCUUCAGUGGGCCGUCGUCCAGCAUGCUUGAGUCAAUCGGUACAGCUAAUAACGUACGCGUCUACGAAGAGGACAAGACGAAGACUUACGGUCUUAAGGAGAUGUGGCGGGACAUGUUUUCCAAGGAUGGACAGAAAUAG